UGCUCGGAGCGCGGCAGCCAGGCUCGAGUCUCCGCGAUCGUCCAGCAACAGCAUUCAGGUCCCGCCGACCCUCGCUGGCUUAGCGAUGAGGGUUCUGGGUGGGCGCUGCGGGGCGCUGCUGGCGUGCCUAGCCCUAGUGCUGCCCGUCUCUUCCGAGGCGAACUUUUUGUCAAAGCAACGCGCUUCACAAGUCCUGGUUAGGAAACGUCGUGCGAAUUCUUUGCUCGAAGAAACCAAAAAGGGUAAUCUUGAAAGAGAAUGCAUUGAAGAAUUGUGUAAUAAAGAAGAAGCCAGGGAGGUGUUUGAGAACAACCCUGAAACAGAUUAUUUUUAUCCGAGAUACCUAGCUUGUCUUGGUUCUUUUCGAGCUGGAUUAUUCACUCCUGCACGUUUGUCCACUAAUGGUUACCCUGACUUAAGGAGCUGUAUCAAUGCCAUUUCAGACCAGUGUAAUCCUCUACCAUGCAACAAAGAUGGGUAUAUGAGCUGCAAAGAUGGCCAAGCUGCAUUCACUUGCAUUUGUAAACCAGGCUGGGAAGGAAGAAUGUGUGAAUUUGAUAUAAAUGAAUGCAAAGAUCCCUUAAAUGUAAAUGGAGGUUGCAGCCAGAUUUGUGAUAAUACACCUGGAAGUUACCAGUGUUCCUGUAGAAGUGGCUUUGAUUUGCUUUCAAAUAAAAAAGACUGCAGAGAUGUGGAUGAAUGUUCUAGGAAGCCCAAUGUCUGUGGCAAAGCUGUGUGCAAGAACACCCCAGGAGAAUAUGACUGUGAAUGCCCUGAAGGCUACAGAUACAACCCCAAAGAGGAGGCUUGUACAGAUAUAGAUGAAUGCUCUGAGAAUAUGUGUGCUCAACUUUGUGUCAAUUAUCCUGGGGGCUAUUCUUGUUAUUGUGAUGGGAAGAAAGGAUUCAAACUUGCCCAAGAUCAGAAGAGCUGUGAGGCUAUUCCAGUGUGUCUUCCCUUGAACCUUGACAAAAAUUAUGAACUACUUUACUUGGCAGAACAGUUUGCAGGAGUUGUUUUAUAUUUAAAAUUUAAUUUACCAGAAAGUAACAGAUUUUCAGCUAAGUUUGAUUUCCGGACAUAUGAUUCAGAAGGUGUUAUACUGUGUGCAGAAUCUCUUGACCACUCAGCGUGGCUUCUGAUUGCUCUGCGUGAGGGAAAGCUUGAAAUUCAGCUUAAGAAUGAAUUUACAACUCAAAUCACAACUGGAGGUGCUGUUAUUAAUAAUGGUGCAUGGAAUAUGGUGUCUGUGGAAGAAUUAGAAGAUAGUAUUAGUAUUAAAAUAGCUAAAGAAGCAGUGAUGAAUAUAAAUAAACCUGCAAGCCUUUUUAAAUCAACAAAUGGAUUUGUGGAAACCAAAAUUUACUUUGCAGGAUUACCUCGGAAAGUGGAAGAUGCACUCAUUAUACCGAUUAACCCUCGUCUGGAUGGAUGCAUACGAAGCUGGAAUUUGAUGAAUCAAGGAGCUUUAGGAGCAAAGGAAAUUAUUCAAGAAAAACAAAAUAAGCAUUGUCUUGUCAAUGUGGAGAAGGGUUCCUAUUAUCCUGGAUCUGGAAUAGCUCGAUUUAGUAUAGAUUAUAAUAACAAAACUUAUGCUGAGGGUUGGCAAGUCAAUGUGACCUUGAUUAUUCGCCCAUCUGCAGGCACAGGUAUUAUGUUUGCCUUAGUUUCAGGUAACACAGUGCCUUUUGCUUUGUCAUUGGUAGACUCCACUUCUACAAAUUAUCAGGACAUUCUAGUAUCUGUUGAAAAUACAGUAGUAAGUCGAAUCAAGGCUGUAAGUCUGUGUUCCAGUCAACAAUCCCAACUGGUAGUCGGAGUCAACAGAAAUAAUCUGGAGCUGUGGACUCCACUUAAAAAAGAUAUCAUCUACUCAGAAGACCUUCAAAGGCAGCUUGUCAUCUUGGAUGAAGCAAUGAAAGGAACAGUUGCCACUUACCUAGGUGGUAUUCCAGAUAUUCCAUUCAGUGUCACACCAGUGAAUGCCUUUUAUAGUGGCUGCAUGGAAGUGAAUGUCAAUGGUGUACAGUUGGAUCUGGAUGAAGCCAUUUCAAAACAUAAUGAUAUUAGAGCUCACUCAUGUCCAUCUGUUUGGAAUAACACAGAAAGUUCUUAAGGCAUCCUUUUAUUUGCUGAUAAUAUUUUUUCACCUGUGUUUACCUAUGUUUCUGUAACAGCUGGAAGGUUUUGUCUAUGAAGUGAAGUCUUUGAUUAUUUUGUGGUACAUUGAGCUUCUUGAAAUUUUAAAAGCUCUUAUCAAGAAAAA